AUGGCUCCUCGGCCUGCCGUGCCAGCUGAAGCCUCCGUGAGCGCUGGUGGUGGUGAAUACGCCAGCAGCUCUUGGGUCAAGCCGGGCUGCAUGAUGGAGCUCGCCAGGCUCGCGAAGAUCCCGCAGCCGGAGUCGGGGCUCGUGUGCCCGCGCUGCCGGUCCGCCGAGACCAAGUUCUGCUACUACAACAACUACUCCCUGUCGCAGCCGCGGUACUUCUGCAGGGCGUGCCGGCGGUACUGGACGCACGGCGGCGCGCUCCGGGACCUCCCCUUCUCCAGCAGCGUCCGCCGCCGCCGCCGCAACAAGCCGCCGUCAAACAAGCACGAGUCGUCAGAGGUGUCCAGCUGCUGCGCUUCUGGGAAAGGCGGCAGGGCGUCGCCAUCCUCGUCCUCCGGUGCCAGUGCAGUUCCUGGUGGCGGCGGUAGAGCGGCCGCGGCGGCCACGCCCGUCAUGCACACGCAGCCGCUGGAGCAGCUGGCGUCGCUGGCAGUGGCAGUAGGUACAGAACGCCACAGAACUGUUGCGUCGAGGCUAUGGUUGCCCGCCGGGCACAGCUCGCUGCAGGGUCCCGUGGGCUAUCGUCAUCAGCUCGGCAACAUCACCGCUGGCGUUGCCACCACCAUCAGGCUAGAGCACCAGCGGUACCUUCCACAAAGACAGCCCUUCUCUUUCUUGGGCUACGGAGACGCCGUCAGCGCGCCUACAUCCGCCGUCGGCCCUCUCGGUGCAUCAGACGCCGGCGGCGGCAGCGACACCGAGGCCGGUGGCUUCGCCGGAGGACAUACGCUAGCAGCAGCCAUCUCCAGGGUGCUCGGACCGGCGGCGCUGACCACGCAAUCGGCGUCCGAGAUGAUGGCGGCGAACCCACCGAUACCUUCAACGGAGAUGACGGGGACACUGACGACGACGAGCUCGCCGGUUGAGUUCCUGGUGGAGAGCGGCCUUUCUCAUUUGCUGGGUAGCGGCAGCUGGCCGGCAUGCAGCUACGGAUCAUGCUCCGCAGGCAACGACAGCGGCGGAAGCACCAGCUGCACGGCCGCUCCGGGCAACUCCGUCUGGCCGGACCCGUCAGGCUUCACCUCCUCGUCUUCUGGUACCAUGCUGUGA